GAACGUUGAGGAGGGACGGUGUGUGUUCUAUGCGAUCUCCGCCGUGAACAUGCGGACGGCGAUCUUUUGGAUUAUUCUGGGUGCUUUGGAUUACGCUAUCUCCUCCGAAAACACCGGUGCGCCCGUGCUCCAGCCCUUCUCUCUGUCCGGCCCGGUGGUCCGGGGCCAGACGGUCGCCCUGACUUGCGCAGUGACAUCCGGCAGGGGCCCCUUCACCUUCAGGUGGACCGAUCAGGAGGGGCUGCCCCUGGCCACGCCCUCUCCCGCCCAAUCCGAAUACUCGCUGCUUCUCCUGCGGGCCGUGGACGGCCGGAAGGCCGGCAACUACACGUGUCACGUGAGCAACGCGGACGGCUCGACCAGCCAGGCCGUAGAGAUCUCGGUCAACGAGCCCCCCGAAUGGAUCCUCCUUCCGGAAGACACUGAAGUGGUGUCCGGGAGCGACCUCAGGAUGGACUGUUUCGCGAAGGGAACGCCCGAGCCGGACAUCGUCUGGAAGAAGAAGAAAGCUCCCGCUUCUUUGCCCCUGAACACUGGAGGCAGACGACACGUGAUGUCCAACGGCACGAUGCUCGUGCAGGACGCACGCGCAGAAGACGGCGGCCUGUACGAAUGCAGCGCCUCCAACGGCGUAGGCGAAGAACUGCGGAAAACAGUCAAAGUGACGGUGCACGAACCUCCACACUUCCAGGAAGUAUUAGGCGUCGAACGUGCGCGGAGCGGGAACUCCGUCGUUUUGCGCUGUGACGUCACUGGAGACACGCCCCUUCGAGUCACGUGGACCAGGGACUACAUGGACGUCUGGAACGACAGAUACAAGGUCCAGGAGACGCCCCUGCCCAACGGCCUGAUGUCCGAGCUGUCGAUUUUCCGGGCGAUCAGGAAGGAUGCCGGACUCUACACCUGCUCCGCAACCAACUCCUACGGACAGCAACAGAGGACGGUCAAGUUGAUCAUCCUCGAGCCUCCGUCAAGUCCCUCCGAGGUCCAGGUGCGGGACGUGAAGCGGACCGAAGUCACCGUCCAAUGGGUGGCGCCCCACAGCGGGAACAGCCCCAUCCUCCGAUACCUGUUGCAGUAUUGGAGAGACACAGGGGGUCCUCCGAAACUGGAGGAGGCGAGCAUCCGGGGAGAGGAGAGGAGGGACCACGUACUGGAAGGACUGAAGCCCGGCACCUCCUACAUCGUCCGGCUCAUCGCGGAGAACGAAUUCGGGGCCUCGCCACCCUCCAUCCCCGUUCGAUUCUCCACACAGGAAGAAAGGCCUUCGGGAUACCCGACGGAUUUGAUGGUGUUUUCCAGGGGACUCAACCACCUGAUAAUACGGUGGAAGGCUCCGGCUCCUGAUCAGCAGAACGGGGCCAUCCGCGGCUACGAGUUGGGGUUCAGGGAGGUGGGCGGGGCCCACUACGAGUACCGGGCCACGCCCCUCUCUCCCGGCUCCGCCCAAGAGUUCGUCCUCCAGGACCUGAGAGAGGACACCGAGUACGAAGUGGUGGUGAGGGCGCACAACCAGGCCGGCCAGGGCCCGCCCUCCGUGCCUCUUUUCGCACGCACCAGAAGAAGAGGUCAACUCUCGACUCCCAAGCUGAAAGUGGAAUCGACCGGCGCGAGCACCAUGACACUCACGUGGUCCGGAAACGAAAACGUCCAAGACGCACAUUACCUGCUCUACUACAGGCCGGCCGGCGGGGUUUGGAGGGAGCGCACGGCGCUGGACGGAUCCGGCACCACACUGACCGAUCUCCGCCCGGACACCCUGUACGAAGUGUACGUGCAGGCAGUCAGCGGACAGGACUACAGUCCGCCUUCGGAGACUGUGAGCGCUAAGACGACAGCUCCGGCGGCCCGCUCGCCCCUCCUACGCAGCCAGCUGUCUCCCCCCUCCCAGGGCGGCCUCCCCCACACCACCCUGGUCAUCUCCCUGAGCGUCGUCAUCUCCUGCGUCAUCAUCGUCUGCAUCAUCGCCGCCUCCUGCGUCUACGUCACACGCUUCACCACCACGCAUUCCAUCAAGAGCGUCGUGCACAAUCCCACCGAACUGUGCGAGGGGGCGUCGACUUCGAGGAGCACGCCCCUCUCCCGCCACACCUUCCGGUACGUGGACGUCCACUCCCGCCCCCUGAUGUAUUGCUCCACCCCCGCUCCGGCCCACGUGCCCUCCGACGACUACCCCUCCCCCUACGCCACGCUCCCCCUCCGACACACCUCCAUGGGCGGCAAGCGGUGGCAGAGCGACGACCGGGUGUCCUCCGAGAGGAGCGAGGACGUUUCCGCAACAGAUAAAAAUUAA